CCUGCUCCCUCAGCACUCUCCUGUGAUUUCGAGGCUCCCUGCUCCUGGACCCUGUCCAAUCACAGCGCAGGAGGGGACUGGCUUGUCACGUCGCCACAGCAACCCUGGCCCAGCUCACAGAACAGGCAGCCGGGCACGGACCACUCCACUGGCGGCUCUGACGGUCACUUCCUGCUCCUGGCAGUAGGGGGCGCUGCUGUGGGCUGUGAGUUUGCGCUGACGAGCCCAGUGUUGCUGCGCAGUGCCGCGGGGUGCUGGCUGCAGCUCGCCCGCUACCAGCCAGAACCGAGCCAGGGGAACCUGUCGGUCCAAAUCAGAGACGCCAACACCAACCGGGUCAGUAGGUCCCUGCAGCUCAGGGACUGGGACCAGGACAGCCUCAGAGGCCAGUGGGAGGUGCUGGCGGCUCCUAUUGGUCAGAGGGAGGCUGCAUUUCAGAUCAUCCUUCUCUACUCCUCGUGUGGCAGCGAAGCCCCAGGGACACUGGGCCUGGACUCACUGGGACUGAGAGACUGCGAGACAGGUGGCCCUCCCCCCCAGCAUGGCUGUGUCGAGGGGGUUUCCUUCCCUUGCGCAAUGGGCAGCUGCAUUGACAGGAGCAGAGUGUGCAACUUCCACAGAGACUGCCCCCUAGAGGAUGACGAGGGCGCUGUCUGCGAGUCUCUGCCCCUCGGCUCACACUGCUCUUUCGAGUCUGGUCUGUGUGGCUGGUCACUUUCCAGUGACCCGUCCCCCUCGCCCUCCUGGUCACUGGUCAGCUCUCAUGACCUCGCCACCAGUCCAGACAUCCUGGGAUCCACUCUGCAGACCACAGGAGGUCACUUCCUGUUCCUGCAGGUGCGCAGUGAUGUCACAGCAGGCAGUGCAGUUGCCCAGAGCCACACCCUCCCGCCCACCUCCAGCAAUGAGGAGUGCCAGGUGCAGUUCUCGUGCUAUGUCUUCGGUGUGUAUAACGGGACAGUGUCUCUGUCAGUCCAGGAGGACAGCACUCUGGGGGUGUCUCCACUGGUGUGGGAGCGGGCUGGCAGCUGGAAGGACAGCUGGCUGAAGCUGACCCUGCAGCUCCCUGACAUCCUGCACAGGUUCCACUUGACUCUGAGGGCGGUGUGGGGCCCGGGUUCAAGAGCUGACCUGUCUGUGGACGGCAUCACGCUGGGGGCUUCCUGCUUCGGACACGAAAACCUCCACCUGGACAGUGUGAGUGACUUCAGGGUCUUUAACCCCCUGCCAGAGCCUUCCUCCUCCGAGGUGUCUACGUGGUGGUUCACCUCGUGUGGGGCCAGUGGCCCCCGGGGCCCCACGCAGGCACAGUGUGACAGCGCAUACCGGAACACCAACGUGAACGUGAGCGUGAGUGUUAGCGUGAGCGUGGACGAGGGCAGGGAGCUGCCUCUGCGGGGGGUGCAGAUGUGGAGAGUGCCUGCCUCCAACCGCUACAUGAUCUCUGCGUACGGCGCUGCGGGAGGGAAGGGAGCGAAGAAUCACAACAAGCGCUCCCAUGGAGUCUUCAUCUCCGCCGUCUUCCCUCUGGAGAAGGACGAUGUCCUCUACAUACUGGUGGGACAGCAGGGGGAGGACGCCUGCCCAGGGAGAAACCCCCUGACUCAACAGAUCUGCCUGGGGGAGUCUUCAGUGAUUGAAGACGAGUUCAGUGGGCGUGGCAGCAUGCUGGAGUGGGCAGGAGGGGGCGGUGGAGGGGGCGGAGCCACAUACAUCUUCAGGAAGGAGAGCGGCUCUCUGGUUCCCCUGCUGAUCGCUGCGGGCGGCGGGGGGAAGGCGUACCUCGAGGACCCCGAGAGACAUCUGGAUGACAUCCCGCUGGAGCAGUACGAGAACAGCACGGCCGUGCCCGGAGUCAACGGGCUGACCGGGGUGGCAGGUGGAGGGGGCGGCUGGAGUGACGUCACCAGAUACGUCUCGGGGGGGAAGUCUCUCCUGCAGGGGGCGGAGGGGGGGUCGUCCUGCCCCCAGGCCCUCUCCAAACUUGCCUGGGCCACCUUUGGGGGCUUUGGGGGGGGAGGAGGGUCCUGUACCGCGGGAGGUGGAGGCGGAGGCUACAGAGGCGGGGACGCGGCGGAGACUGAUGACAUCACAGCGGACGGGCAGGACGGGAUCUCCUUCGUGAAUCCCAUCGGAGAGAUCUUUCUGCAGCCGCUGGCAGCAAUGGAGAGCCACGGCGAGGCUGAGAUCAAGGUACAGCUGAACUGCAGCCACUGUGAGUCCGAGACCUGCAAACGAGAUGAGGAGACCAAGCUCAUCACCUGUCUGUGUAACAGUGGAGAGGAGCUGGCCAGCAACAAUGUCACCUGCACAGCUCCGCGAGGCCCUGCUCCAGAGAGACACCUCUCCUUGCCUCUGAUCCUGGCGGUGGUGGUAUCGACAGUCGUGACUGGCGCCCUGCUGGCCUGCGUCAGCCUCACUCUGAUUUAUUAUCGGAAGCAGCAGCAGCUGCAGGAGGUCCGUGUGCGUCUGCAGAGUCCGGAGUACAAGCUCAGUAAGAUCCGCACCUCCACCAUCAUGACGGACUACAACCCCAACUACUGCUUCACGGGCACCGCGGCCUCGCUGAACGAUCUCAAAGAGGUGCCACGCAAGAACAUCACCCUGCUCAGGGCGCUGGGUCACGGUGCGUUCGGGGAGGUCUUUGAAGGCAGGAUACUGGGGAUCUCAAGGGAGAACAGCCCACUGCCAGUGGCCAUCAAGACACUGCCUGAGAUCUGCUCCGAGCAGGAUGAGAUGGACUUCCUCAUGGAGGCGCUAAUCAUGAGUAAGUUCAGUCACCAGAACAUCGUGCACUGUGUGGGCGUGUCUCUGCAGACUCUGCCUCGCUUUAUCUUACUGGAGCUCAUGACUGGAGGGGACAUGAAGAGCUUCCUGAGACAGAACCGACCCAAAUCCAGCCAUGCCUCCUCUCUCAGCAUGCUGGAGCUGCUCCACAUGGCCCGAGACAUCGCCUGUGGCUGCAGAUACCUGGAGGAGAACCACUUCAUUCACCGCGAUAUCGCCGCUCGGAACUGUCUGCUGUCGGGCUCCGGCUCCACCAGGGUGGCUAAGAUCGGAGACUUUGGGAUGGCCCGAGACAUAUACAGAGCCAGUUACUAUCGGAAGGGGGGCCGCGCGAUGCUGCCUGUGAAGUGGAUGCCCCCUGAAGCGUUCCUGGAGGGGGUCUUCACCUCCAAAACAGACACCUGGUCGUUUGGGGUGCUGCUGUGGGAGAUCUUCUCUCUGGGAUACAUGCCAUAUCGGAUCAUGACGCAAUGCUGGCAGCACUGCCCUGAGCGCCGGCCCAACUUCACCACCAUUCUGGAGAGGAUCACUUACUGCACUCAGGACCCCGAUGUCAUCAACACUCCUCUCCCGAUGGAGUUCGGGCCCCCCGCCGAGGAGAGCAGCACCAUCAUGCGACCUCAGAGACUGGGGGGCGUGACCCCGCUGCUGGGCAUCUCGACCCUGACCCCUGAGCCUGACCUGUCACCUGGGAAACCACACCCCCAAGGAUCAGGCAGAGGGGAGGGACCUCCGAGAGAGGCGUGCCCCGGGGCCUGGCUCUUCCCCGGGCCCCCUCCCUCGUCGCCACCAGCCCCCUCCUCCUCUGGCAGCCAGAAGCUGAAGAACAAAACCAAGAACCUGUGGAACCCGACCUACGGGUCCUGGGUACUGGAGACCCUGGGCAAAGGCAAGAGCUCUCAGCCCCCAGCCCCUGCCACCGCCUGCCCCCCUGCUCCUGCUUCGGCCCCGGCUACAGCGGCCACACUGCCCCCCGAGAGAGAGGACUCAGGGUUCGAUGGGAACGGCAGCUCCUCCCCCCCCAGCUCCCGGGGCUCCCCCUCCCACCACGAGGGGGAGCGGGUGGUCACCGCAAGCCCCCCCUCCUCAUGCGGGGGGGUGGAACUGGUCAAGCUGCAGAGCUUCCCCUGCGGAAACGUCAACUACGCGUACGACGAGGAGAGCCUUCCCUGCGUGGAGCCCAGUGCUAGUGCUGGGAGCUCUGGGGUCCCAGUCCCCCCCACUGCCUCAGCCUCUGCCGGGGUCUCCAAAGCUCCAACGCACCCCCGGCCCUGCCAUAGCGAGGAGGGAGCCCACCUGCUUGGCAAAUCAGAGAUACCCACCCGUGACCGGGACUCGGGAUUCUCGCUGUCUGAGGACCUGAGCGUGACGCCCAUGUGAGAGGAGAGAGACUCUGCAACACAGAGGAGAUCACAACCCAGCAGAGACACACACACUGAGAUCACAACCC